CCUCAAACCUUCGCAAUUCAGAAAUGCAUGCAGACCAUCAGAGUUCACAUGGGAGUGAGUUGACACCAUAAUCCAGCUUGCUUCUUUUCGAGGCAGCAGAUGCGGGUCGAUAUUGGCUGCAAUCAACUGCACUGCCGACGUGUCAUGGAUCCUUGGGUGUCAUUCUCCAGUCCGGAGGCCUAGUUUCAUCAGCUGCCGUCGCCGCCGCCGCCUUGUCUUAUCUAGUCGCCGGUGGAGUCAGAUCUUUCUUAGAAGGGGUAGCUUGACCUAAGUCUGGCCUUUCGAUGAUCACGUCUUUCGAACCCCGACGCGUCACGCAACAGCAUUCUAUGUAUACGAGCCUCAUGUUGGCCUCGUGUAAUUAUCUCCAUCGUCUUGACGAUCACCGACGACAUAAUGGACUACGUUAGCGCUGUAGAACGACCCGCAGUCGAAGACCUUUACAGUAGCCCAGGAGAGGAGAUAGAGGCAAGUCAAGACGAGAUCACCAGCAGAGUAGAGAUGGAGAUGGAGGAAGAUCAGGACGAAAUCGCCAACAAAGAGGACAAGGAGAUGGAGGAAAAUCCAGAAAUAAUUGCUAGCGUAAGGGACGAGGAGAUAGAAGAAGAACCAAAAAAAAUCGCCCGCAAAGUGUCCAAGGAGGUCAGGGUCAGUCAUGCCAGGAUGUUGCGGCGCUUUGGUGAGAUUCCCGGAGUACCUAUUGGCACCACUUGGAUGACUCGCAAAAAUUGUUAUGCUGCUGGCGUACACCGCCAAAUGCAGGCUGGAAUACAAGGUAGUAAGAUAUCGGGCGCUUGCUCGAUCGUCGUUUCGGGUCAAUACGAUGAUGACAAGGAUUUGGGCGACACGAUCUUCUAUGUAGGCGUAGGGGGUGGCCCCUCCGAUACUGAGGGCUGGCCUAAACGUCCAGGCCCGCAGGUCUCUGAUCAGGAAUGGACAGGCUGGGGAAAUGAAGCACUUCUUAUAUCUUAUGGCACAGGCAAGCCCGUGCGUGUCGUCCGGAGCUCGAAGUUUGUUUCUAAUUUUGCGCCUUUCAAUGGCUAUCGGUAUGAUGGCUUGUACACCGUCACACAUGCGUGCAGAAAGAAGGAUGGAGCCGGUCGUUUUUAUAUCUGUCGCUACAAGUUGGAGAGAAUUCCAGGCCAACCACCUUUACCUCGGCGUUCACAGGUCGGCUAUGACAUUGAGCCAUCACAGUCAUCCCCCGCCUCCGUAGCCACAUCAGACACUGUCGUCUUGCCCUCAGGGACAUCAACCUCCCGUAAGCGCAAUGCCUUGUUCGAAGAUGAUCCAUCGAUCCAUACCAGUGCGAGAUAUAUGAGGCGCAAACUCCUUCACCAACUGGCGCGCGACAGUGAUGAUGAAGAGUGAAAAGACGAGGACCUCAAUGACUCAGGCUCCCCAUAUACCCUAUCCACCUCGUCGCUCGGAGCGAGUCAUGGUUGCAAACUACCUAUUGUAUUCCGUUUGCUUUUAGAAUCAUCAUUUGGAACGUCUGUUUACUGGUACUACUUUCUAUGUGAUAGGUUGUCAAACCAGUACCCAUAGACCUCAAUGCUUUCGCUUUGCUAUUACUAACCAUAUCUUGAUUUGAUGUAUAUGCAACACUACAUACAUACUUCCUGUGCCGAUAAACAAAUGAUAUGAC